CUUCUCCUCAAUCCUUAAUGGAGCAUAGUUAUAGAUGGAAGCCAAUGAUUCAUUAGUCAUCAAAGCUCCUAAGAAAUCCCCAUUGCUGCCAAGACUCGUGGUGCUGGCAUUUGCCAUGGUCUGUGGAGUCUACAUUUGCUUCAUAUGCUUAAAACAGAUCAACACCAACAAUGGCGGCAGCACCACCAGCAACAAAUUCCUCGACGUCAAAGUCGUACACCAGCUCUGCAACUCUUCCGGCAUUGAACAAUGGGAGAUCCCUUUGGUCCACUACCCGAAUCCUGUCACGUUUAGCAGGGAGGAAUGCGUGUGCAAUCCGGUGAGGUACUUCGCGAUCCUGUCGAUGCAGAGAUCGGGGAGCGGGUGGUUCGAGACGUUGAUGAACAGCCACAUCAAUGUCAGCUCCAAUGGCGAGAUCUUCGGGAAGAAAGAUCGAAGGGCGAAUGUUACGGCCAUUGUUAAUGUGCUGGACAGAGUUUACAAUCUGGAUUGGUUCAGUAGUGCUUCCAAGAACGAGUGUAAUGCUGCUGUUGGAUUCAAAUGGAUGCUUAAUCAGGGGGUGUUGGAACAUCAUGAAGGGAUAGUGGACUACUUCAACAUGAAUGGAGUUCAUGCAAUUUUCCUGUUCAGGAGGAACUUGAUUCGGAGGUUGAUAUCUGUGCUGGCCAAUUCCUAUGAUAAGAGCAAGAAACCUUUGAAUGGAACCCACAAGUCUCAUGUCCAUUCAGUCGCCGAGGCCAAAGUUCUGGCGAAGUACAAGCCAUCGUUGAACGCCUCGACAUUGUUGGCAGAGCUAAAGAGCGUCGACAGUAGAGCUGCGAGGGCGAUUGGGUACUUCAAGUCCACCCGCCACAUCGUCCUCUACUAUGAAGAUGUCGUUGGAAAUAGAACAAAACUGAAAGAGGUGCAGGACUUUCUCGGAUUGCCCUACAGAGAACUAACGAGCCGACAGAUUAAGAUACACAGCGGAACAUUAGCAGAACAGAUAGCAAACUUCGAAGAAGUCCAGACGGUGUUGAAAGGAACACCAUACGAAUCCUUUCUUCAUCAGGAUUACGGAGAGAUGUAGGUUGUUUUCACUUUUCUUUUUGAUCAGGUGUAGAUAAAAAUAACCCCCCCUGGCUACUGCCUCAGUUUCAGAAAGUUCUUUUCUUGUUUCACAUUUAGCUGGGGGUUUUUCCCCCACCCUUGUUCUCAAUUGUUUCUGGAAACAUGAUUAGUUAAAGUAGCAUCAGAAGAUGAAUCAAUCUCCAUUUCUUCCAAUUCUUCACUACCAUGUGUCGAGCAAGACUGUCAAUUCUAACCAUGAAGAGCAUUGUAUCUUGGCGUCGACUCUAAUUAGCUGAGAGAUAGAAUAGUAAGUUACAUAUAUA